UGUAUCUAAGUUAGGUACAGUGAUGAGUGAAGUAAUAAAAUGUACUCUGUGAGUGAAGUGAAGUAAUUCGUGUUUCAGGUGUAGGAUUUUACAAAUUUUGAUAUCUAAAAUUAACAAUAAAAUACUAGUUCGAAAGUUGAAAACAUAUUGAGUGAAAAUGUUAUCGUCAAACUAAAGUGCACUUGUACGUUGACUACAACAUCCGCUAUUGAUAUUUGAUGUGUUUACGAUUUGUGAAAUGUAUUUUGAAAAAUAUAUGUGGUUCAAUAACAUUGUUAUGUCAUCUGUCCGGUGACGGAAACUAUAAAAGUUGUUUUGAUAUUACCUAAACUGUUUGGUAACUGAAGAUUUACCAUGUGACUGUAUGUGAUAUAAUAUUUACGUGUAAAGUAGUGUGCCGUUUCUAAGUUUGCGUUUGUUCAAUGGAUCCCAAAGGAAAGGCGAAGAAAAAUGAGAAGGAGAAAAAAAAAUCUGAAAACAUUGAAAAUAUGGCUGAUGUAAUUCCUGAUAAUGGAAAUCAAAAUGCAAAUGACGAUGGCGGUGAAUCUGCUAGCUCAACAGACAGUGAAGAAUUAGUGAACGCAAUCAAUUAUAACACAAUAACAUCUUUAGCCGCAUUGAAAGAUAUAAUUCAAGGGGAAAAUAAUGAUACACCCGAAACAGAUAGCUUUUUUCAGCAUUAUUUUAUGAAUCAUUGCAAUAAUUUAUCAAGUCGUAAUUCCAAUUCUUCGUCGCCUUUUCCGUUUACUGAAAGACGUAGGUUAUCACAAUGCCGCGAAGAAGACGAAGACGACGAAAAGAAAGACUGUAAUCGUAGACAUUCAAAUAGUUCUUUAAACACAGAUACAAACACAGUAACCGAUUCAAGGAGCAAGAAACAGAUUGAGGAGCAUAUUAUAGAGCCACAUGUAGAUAAUAAACCAAAUGCUAUUGAAUCGGACGAUGCUUCAGAACGUACAGUAAUGGGAGCAAAACACAAAUUUUUAGUUAAAAAAACUGAACAAAUGUCUACUACUCCUGUUGCUCUAGCUCUAAGAAACCAAUUUAAUAACGCUCAUACAGUACACUUUGGAACGAAAGGAGCAGAAGAGCAGAGACCAAAUGUUAGAACUAUUUUCACGGGACAGAAUCUCCAUCACGAUAAAAACUAUUUUGAUAGCAGUUUAAUAGAAAUUAGAUCUACAGUAGAUGGAAUACCAACUAGCGCGGAGGACAUUUGGGUUAAAAGAACUGAUGAAAAACAAAUUGCUAAAGAAGAUAACACCAAAAAUACGGAGAAAUCCAUAAAAAAGGCAGCAAAGGAGACUCUAGAAGAUAAGAAGAUAGUAGCAAAACGUGAACGAUCAGGAACUUGGGGGACAAUACCUGUUCGAAAAGAAAUUCCAAAAAAGACCGCCAAAGAUAAAGAAGUUCGUAGAAGCAGCGAUGACAGGCGACAAAAAAGAGAACAACGCCUGGAUGCAGCUAUUACACGCAGCUGGCAGUCUGUCGGGGAGCGCAAACGUCGCGGGUCCGCUGACGAUGGCCUGGGACACCCCAUGUAUCAACAAACCAUACACGGUACAUCCGGGGUGAGCCGCAGACCAGCAUUAUUCGACAUCUUCAAGUCUCGGUCUCGCGGGGAAGCUAAGAAACAGACCUCAAUCAUUCAACAAGUCAAGGCUGCCGUUCAGAAUAUGACAAAAUCGAACCCACAUAACAGGGAGUCGACGAAAUCCGAAUCCUCCAAUGUGGAGGAAGUCACAAGUUCCGGCGAUGCCUUGUCUGCUGCAAUGAAGGAUGGCUCCGCGCACGAGGUGGGCACCGCGACCGCUGUAGUCGAGAAUGUUACAAAGUCCAACUCAUCGACGCCUAAAGAUCGCGUGGCACAUCACAGGUACUAUCACACGGUGUCGGCAUCUACGUCACGUCGUCCGAGCGCUAUGGCCAAAGUCAUGGACAUAUUCCGAGGUCGGGCCUCUGUCCCCGGGCAGUCCAGUGAAGCACCCGAACGGCGGAAAUCGAAGGCGCAAUCUCAUCAUCAUCACAAUGUUACAAGUGCGCAUUUACGGCGCGCAGCAACGCAAGAGGCUGAGAAACGUCGCGCGUCUCUCGGCAACGUGCCCGCCGUUCGCCACCGCGCUUCGGACGCCUUCCUCGAUCCGCAUCACGCGGCCAUUUUGUUCAGAGACUCGAGAGGGUUACCGGUGGCUGAUCCGUUCCUGGAAAAAGUCAGCCUUUCUGAUCUAGAGGAAGAUGAAUCGCAGAUAUUCGUGAAAUUUUUCAAAUUUCACAAGUGUUACGACCUGAUCCCCACGUCCGCUAAACUGGUCGUGUUCGACACUCAACUCCUUGUCAAGAAGGCCUUCUUCGCUCUCGUCUACAAUGGAGUCCGCGCCGCGCCGCUGUGGGAUUCGGAGAAGCAGAUGUUCGUUGGUAUGCUCACUAUCACAGACUUCAUCAAGAUUCUACAGAUGUACUACACCAGCGCUAACGUCGCUAUUGACGAAUUGGAAGAACAUCGCCUCGAGACCUGGCGGC